AUUAAAAGAAAUAGAAAAAUGAUGCUGAGAACAAUAUAUUCUACUAUGUAGUUCAUUGUGUAUAAUACCGAUUGGCUCUACUAAUGGCACCCUAAUAUCUGUAUACUGUACACACCAAAGAUGUUCAACAUAGAAACCUAUAUAUCUCCCAUACUUUUGAGCUAUGUGGAUAAAUAUGUCCGGGACUUCAAACCUGCUGAUGCUCAGGUGUCCCUUUGGGCAGGUGGUGUUACACUCCACAAUCUUGUACUCAAAGCGGAUGUCCUACAGCAAGAAGUGUCUCUUCCUUUCACACUCGUGUCGGGUCGGAUACAUGAACUCCUUAUACAAGUACCAUGGACAAAGAUUAUGUCAGAACCAAUUAUUGUCACCAUAAAUACCAUAGAAUGUGUUUUGAGCCUUGAUCCACCACCGGAUGAGAAUCCAGCACAAGAAACAUCCAGACCUCAAGAAGUAGAAGCGCCGCCGGGAUAUAUGCAAGCGCUCAUUCGCCGUAUAGUGAGCAACAUAGCAGUACGAGUCAACUCGCUCAUUGUGAAAUAUGUGCACGAUGAUAUUGUACUGUCUCUAAAUGUAAAGAAACUUACCGUUGACAGUGUUGGAACUAACUGGGAGCCGGUUUUUGCUGACAUCGAUCCACAGUUUCCGGCAAUAAGACGGCUAGUGCGUCUAGAUGAUCUAACGCUGUGUUUGGACAAGACUGAUUCCGAUGGUAAAAUUAGAUUCUACCAAGAACCUCUCCUGUAUAGGUGCCAAUUAGAUUUAAGAGUACUAACAAAACUAGUGUCAGCUAGCAAACGCAGAGCGACCAGUCUCUGUAUACAGCUGAGGUCAAGUAAACUGGCUUGGGGGGUGACAAAUGAGCAGCUGGUGCUAUUACUGAGGUUACUGAGAGAAAGACCCCCUGAAACACCAGCACAGUUGCCUGUUAGGCAGAAUACGACGCAAGCGGCUCCUACAAAUGCAUCAACAAGCACCUCCGAGCCGCCGGCGGAGUCAUGGUCGGAGUGGGCGUGGUCGUGGGUGCCGGCGUGGGACGCGCCCGUCGACGACGCGCCCGCCACCCCCGCGCCCGUGCCCGUCGCCUUCACCGCCUACUUCGAGCAGAUAUCGCUUGUGCUCAAGGUGAUGGAAAAUGAGGGCACAAGUAGGAAACGAGCGAGAGGAAUUCUCGAGCUGUUGGCUUCUGAUGCUGUGGUGAAGACGUACACGUGUUUCCCCUCGACUCUACGCGUCAAGAUCGGCACUCGCUAUCUCACACUGUCGUCGUACGGAAAAUGCGUGUGCGGACAUUCCAAUUAUAAUACUAACCGCGACGAGUCCACAAUAUACCUGAGCAAGAUGCAGUCUGACGACAGCACGUGGGACUGGCGGGAGGAGGAGGCGAAUGACCAAGUGGAGACCGGAGUCGUGGCUGACGAGAACGAGCAGAUGACUGAUGAUCAGACCAUUGAAUCGAUAUCCACACAGUCAGAGGAGGAGAACGAACCGAAAAUGGACGAAAAUGCGGAGUUUUGGGCAAGGAUGGCGCCCAUCUUGUUUCUGGAGUACAGUCACGAUAGAGAGCCGUCUAAUAACCAGAUCAAUCCAUAUGACAAUCCACCAAAAGAUUAUGAAUACAGUGACUGGGUCGAGAACAACUAUUUGAAGAUAAUCAUGAAACCAAUGCUGAUACAAAUGUCAACUGGUUUGAUACAUCGCGCCAUGGUUUUCUGGAAAGCUCUACAAGAAGUACCGCCGGUGGUGUUGCCAGAUCCGCCAAUGCGAACGCUGACAGUGGAAGAAUGCGACGCACUAUCAGACAACCUGCCAUUACGACGUAUAGACAUAGACAUAAACGGUCUUAGUAUGAGAGUGUAUCCGUGGGACCAUUCUCUGACGGAACGAGCGUCUAGGGCUCCUGUGGCUUUGGAUGUGGAGUUUCCGAAAGCUUCGAUUCUGAUGUCAUCACCUUUAUAUCCACAUAGAGUAUGUUCAGCCGCGUGUCAGAUGCCAGCGGAAUCGGGCCCCCUAUGGAGGGCCGCCAUGUUGAACAUAACCGCCAACGUGACGUCAUUACAAGUUGGCAUAGCCACAAUAUGCGACGAUAGCAUCCGACCCUGUGCCAGAGCUGACUUCAGAGUAGCUGGCCAUAGCCUCAUGUGCAAGAAUUACUUUACCAAUCCCGAAGUUGUUACUGGAAGUUAUACAAUGAGGAUACGUGAAGUUAACGUAUGUGGUUCGGCGCCAAGACUGCUAACUGCGAUUGAAGUUCCAAUGUCUUUGUUGAGAGACUCAGUAUCGAAUUACCUAAGAUACAGUACAUUGCCCAAAGAUGUGCUUAAUGAUGAAGAUUAUAUUGCGGUGGAUGUGACUCUAGAAGAUUUGUCUCUUCGAGGCUUUCUGACGAGUAACACGAACACACACAUUAUAAACAUGCAUUCAGCCAGAGCUACGACUUUCUACAAUCAAAAUUUAUCUUCAACAAACCAGACGUGGUUAUUCUCAGCGCCAGAAGUGCAAUCAAUGUCGCCGUUCCUACGAAUAGCCUGUCAAUGGUGUAACGAGCCUGAUGAUAAUUGCCUGGAGUAUUUGGGAGUAUGGUUGGAUCCGAUGGCCUUCAGUGUGGAUCCCCUCAUAUUAGCCUGGUUGUCUUACCGACCGAAACUUAAAGCGGGUUCUGAGCCAUAUCAAGUGACAAAUCAAAAGAAUAUAUCGGGCUCACAAUAUUUAGCGAGAAAGAGGACUACACCGCCUUCUUCAAGCGGUCGUGGCGGCAGUCGGCCGGGCUCAGGCGCGGAAUUCAUACACAGAGCUCGUAGCGUUGAAUCUGGUAGUGAACCAAGCGAGAAAAAAGAGACUAAAACACAGCAGACAACUCAAAAGCAAACCGAUUUUCUAUGGAAUGCGGACGAUUUACUCAAACUUCAUUCUCGUCUCAAUCGCUUGCUGCUAGCAGUUGAGACUGGUCCCAUAUGGUUCUAUAUCUCUGAUACACCCGCCUCAGCUGUCAAUAGUGUGACAGUCAAGGACGCGAUUGAACAACACGCUUUGGACAGUAAUAAAGCGAUAGUUUUCAACCUAAACAGUUUUAAUCUACAUUCGAAUUAUCAAAACAACUUUUUAUGGCAAUGUAUAAAACACGAUGGGCCAACCUAUAUAGCAAAUGAUCCAGAGCAGCCUAUUGAAGAUUCGUUUCCAUGGAGGAUAAGAUUUGAAGAAAUGACAUGCUAUACAUACGAACUUCAAAUUUGCGAUGAUAUUUAUGACAACAGUAGAAAUAUGCAAACUAUGUCCAAAUCUGUAUCUAUGGUCAUACCAAAGAUUGUGUUAGAACAAGUCACUACGACCGUAACAUUGUCAGUUGUUACAAAAUCGUUACCUACGAAACAAGAAAAGGAUAAUAAGAAAACAGACAAGGAUAACACAAAAAUUUUAACAAGUGAUCAAAGCGCCAAAACGUCAUCCUUGAAAGAAAUCAUUCGUGAACCGACAAGGCGAAAGAAAUCAAGUUCUAAGAUAGAUGAAGAUCCAGCAUCGGUGUCAACGGCUGCCGUUGUAUCUCUAGGUGUCAACUUACACGCGGACACACCGCCUAUCAUAAUUCGGCUUGAUCAAGAACAGAUACAAAUCGUGGCGAUAGCGUUACAUUGUGCAUCACACUUGAUGAAAGUUUUGCAAAGAGAUCCGUUCAUGGUGCCUAAGCAAGUUCCAAUUACUGCACCCAAUACACAAACAAGGCCCACGUCGGAGUUAGAAAGGCGAAGUCAGUCAGAGGAUACGAUUAGUGAAAAUCGUUCAGAACCAGUUGUGACUAUAUUCGAACCGCAAACAAGUAGUUCAAAAUUAAAGUCAUUUUUGUGGUUCCAAUGGGUGAUGAGUCGAGCAACCCUAGUGGUAUCAUCGCCGAGAGUCAAACUGGCAUUAGACAUUGACGACAUAAUUUCAUCACUCGACUUACAAGAGCAUUACAAUCAGUUCAAAACUAAAAUAUCUUCGGCAUCCAUUAGACAGUAUGUGUGCAACGACAAUGAAAAUUGGAUACCGGGUUUAAUGGGUGGCAGGGUGCUAGAGAUGCGGGAACCCACUGACGCCAAAGAAGAGAGUCACUUCCUAGGAGUUACUGUUACGCAGGCUCAGAUAUCAAACCUACCAGCCAGUUGGAAAGAUGAACUUCAGCAGAAAUCUGUGGACAAGAAUUCACCAACAACAAUGUGGGAAGUGUACGCUACGUUGGCGCCACUAGAAGCGGUGUUGCAGCCGGCCACUAUGAAACAUAUUACUAUGUGCUUACAAAACUUGGCGCCCAAUUCGGAGUGCAUAUUGCAUGAGGAAGUUAAAAGGGCGCCGAUUCGUGACUGGCCGUUCUGUUACAUCACUGCUGGCGGACUAAGGCUACUUGUGACGGGAGAUGACAAGAAAACCUCUAGCGAUGACACUUUUAUGUUCAUGGUUGGAAAAGUGAGCGUGAACCCACAUCCAGAGAAUCCGAUUUGCAGGCGUAACGUGUCACCGGGCGCAGACAAUACGUGGUCGUCAGCCAUCGCUCCGUCUGACGGCCGGCAGUACGAGAUUUUGAUCAAGAACCUCGCAGUUCGGACAGCCAGGUUCAGCCAGCUUGCCGAUUAUGAGGCCUUCGAAGCUGAAAUAUCAAAAAGUACUAGCGGUGAAAACCCAGCACUGAAAUGGAGCCAAAGUGUGGCUCAACCAGUCAUAACACCAGUGCUUCAUUCCCUGGACGUUAGUUGCGUGAUAGCCCCGGCGGUGUACGCCAAUGACGUCAUACAGUUCGGCCCCGCCUUCGAGCUGAAUCUCAUAUCUGACUGCGCGAUAGAAUUGAGCAUAGACAGGCUGGAACUAGCCAGAUAUGUUGCAGCUUGUUUCCAGAAGGCGAACAGACGGAGUUCUUGGGUUGGGCAUGGUGAUGAAGAUAAAUGUGGUUACGCUUCACUCCUGCAGUGCUAUGAAACAUCGGAGGAGCACGCCGAAAAUGAUGAAACUUUUACUGAAGAAGGUAUAAAGAUUGUGGAAGAAGAGAAGAACUUACCUUACACCGGCGCUGACUCCGGCGUAGAGACGGUCGCGUCGAAUUCCACUUGUGGUACUGAAGGGGUGCCGCACAAAAAAAUUGUUGCUAUACCUAAGAAAGAUACUAUCGACAAUGUGUCAGACUAUAUGGAACUGUUGGUCACUAUGGGCGCUAUAGAACUAUCUCUGUACGUGAUCGACAAUGGCUCGCCGGAAGUAAAGGCACUGAGACCUCCGCCCGAGGUCUACGAAGCGAUGUCUGAACCUGUUAUAAGAGUAGCGCCUACUGUGGUCGAGAGCGUAUCCAAGAGCAAUAUUGAGAUGGAGGAAUCGUCAUCGUCUUCGGGAACUGCUAGCGAAGGUUCCAGAAAUGAAGACGUCAUGGACAAAGACAAGAUGGAGCCGCCGAAUGUCAUACAAUACGCAAGAAAGACUGAAGGAAACCUAGCCUUGAUACAUAUUACAUUACAGCAACCAAACUUAUACUUCUGGCAGAGAAAACACCAAAGAACCUUACAGCUAUCACUAUUCAACGCCUGGAUUGGCCUGGGCGCGGGACAGCAGGAGGGCGAUUGGAAUAUACCCCUUAUCACCACUGCAAAAGGUUCACCCGAUCCCGUCACUGAUAUACCACCAGCGCUCGUCAUGCUGAAGAUUGAACAGUCGCCACGACCAUUCCUGGGAAAACAAAAUUCCCGUGGUAGAGUGCAGUUGGACAUAGAUAGGCCAGUGCUCAUACAAGUGUCGACUGAUCGCUUGAAGCGCCUGCAAGGAAUAAAGGCAUUGAUUGAUGGUGAACAUCAUGACCACGAAUUUUCCGAAGAAGUUAAUAAUAAUGCACCUGUUUUAGACAUAAUUAGACAUAGUUUUGUAAACCAUUCCAUCGAGUCAAUAACCGUCCAAACGAGCCAAAUAAGCGUAUGCGGCAGGGAGGGUGCAAUGGGUUGGGACUCUGCGAAACUACAGUUGGCCGUAGGUUCGAGGCCUGAGCGAGUCAUAAGCCGAAUCCUGGUUUCGUCCCUCAUAGUGUCAGCAGGGUCUAUAAAGGAUAGAAGACACGUUGUAUUACAACCUCUUAUGAUUGGGGGCUCACUGCAAGCGACGUGGGACUCUUGGCGUCGCACAGAGUCUGAUUUUGCUGUUCACGAACCAACGAUCUGUGCGGGUUUGGAUCUAGAUAGGAUAGUGUUGAACUUACGACCUAUGGAUCUAGACGUAUUGGCGCGGCUAACAAACAUUUUGAAUGACGUUAAAAACGAUAAGAUGGAAAGCAGUACGCCAAAAAGUCCAAGCAGUAACGGAUCCACACCGGAAUUCUUUAGAAGAUUUUACAGGAACGACAACACAGAUUCAUCCGGUGAUCAAUUCUACAAAGACGAUUUGAGGAGUGGGGCAUUCAAGCUGGUGUCCGGACAGCAGCUUCCGAUGGCGUAUCAGGCGACGCUGCACGAGGGCACGGUGGCGUGGCGCUACCCGCACCCGCGAGCUAUCACACGCGUUGUCGCGUUCCCCAUACCCGGACACGAUGAAGAAAUAGAAUGCGCAUUGGAGCUUUACUGUCCAUUGCUGUCUCGAUGGGAGUCUCAGAUGCAUUUCAAACUGCCCGUUAGUGAAGCCAGGGAGAUAAAGAUCAAUGUCACACCUAAUCCAGUAUUCGCUACGACAUGGCGCGUGCGAGCUUGCAGCAACUGCCAGGAAACCUUGCAACCGUUUGAAUUUGAUUUCAAAAGGUUCAUACCAAAAUCUGAUCCAUUGUCUCCAGACCUACCCACAAUAAGCGACUACGGGCACAAAUCUUGCGAGGUGACCGCAGAACAGUUGUCAGGAGUGCUACGUAUUGAUUCGUACUUUGCGACGCGAUUGUUGCCCAGCGCGCAUGUAGCUGUGCGCUUCGCGGAGUUUGAAGUGAACGCGUAUAACAACUUACCGAAACUUUCCAGGGAAGCGAAGACAAUAGAAGGCUACCACAUGACAAGACCACUUAUGCGCAAUCACCGCGUACUCAGUGUGGCUAUGCGCGAUAUGGCUGCGCAUGCGCUGUUGGGACGCAUCUCCAGAUUGGUGUUCAAUAGUAAAAUAUUGAGCGACGUAGUAGACAUGGCGACGGGUACAAUGGAACCAUUCGUCGAACAGUUCAGGCUUCAAGCAACAAUCGUCCUAACGCAUGACCCUCAAGUGCGUGUGCGCGCCGGUGAUACUAAAGUGUACGUGCACGUACCGAGAGUGCGUACGCUACUCUCGCUCGCUGAGGAUUGGAGCGAAGGAGUGAGAAAGUACCAACAGAUGACGUCACAAGUAAGCCCGCCAUUAGAAGACGUAGACAAGAUGGCGUCGGUGGAGACAUUGGAGGGCCGCAUAGCACUCUGGAUACAUAACACUUGCUCGGUUCCGCUGCGUAUCGGUCAACAAGAUACAGAUGAGGUUGUGCCAUUGGGAUCGGGAACUACUCUCGCUUACAGGUGGCGCACUCCAUCUCAGCCAAGGAAGAUGCGGUUCUCUCUUAUAGGACCGGCGGCGGAGUUCGUAUGGUCUUCGAGUAUUCUCUUCACGGCCGGUUCUUGCCGCGUGAAGCUAGAAGAGUCUGACAAGUCGCCUGGCGUAUAUCUAUACGUGACAGUCAAAGAGUCUGGCGGGAGACGGGACAUGUAUCUGUCGGGGAGAUUGUUGCUGGCCAACAUGUUGCGACACGAUCUGCAGUAUAAAGUGCGAACGAGGUCAGCCGAUCGUACGGCGUGGCCAACAAUCAGCUCGGGAGAUCUGCCAGCAGAGAGUAUCGGCAGGAGCGUUUUAUGCACAGAAAACUGUGAAGCAGUGCUCAAGCUGAAAUUUUCUUACCUGGAUUCAUGUUGGUCAGGUGAUAUACCGAUCAAGGAAUGUCGUAAAGAGAAUGUGCCGUGGCUUGUAAAAGUGCCAAAUGUGUGUGAGUUGGCGUAUACGUCAGUGUGGUGUCGAGUCGUACGCGCUCGCAGCGACGGACGCAUUGUUGCGUGCAUAUGGCCUUUUUACGUGCUUCGCUCGUAUUUGCCUCUUGAUGCUGAGGUAACAAUAACAACGGAGUCGGGUAUAUCACAAGAGCUGCCAGUUGGCCAGUCGCGAGUACCGGCGACGUCACAGACGGUGGCGGGGCGGGGCGCCAUCAUACACCUCGACACGCCCGGCACUACGUCCGCACAUCACGUGCUCACGUUGCAGUAUAAGGACUUCGAUUCACCAAUAACACCAGAAGCGAUACAACUGCACUACGGUGUCACGGAUACCUCGGUAUUUGACAAACCUACGCCGACGUCGUGUAUAGAAAACAUCGUACAAGCUUUACACGACUGGUUAGCCAGAUCAAGCGAGCGAGCGCACUCGAUGUGGCCGUAUUCGACGGUGACGAAACAUUGGCCGCACGAGUGGGAAUCCGCAUUGCUGCAACCGCGGUGUGACGUAGCUGUCCGCUACGUACCAAUACGUAUAGGCGGGGGCUGUUCGCUCGAAGUGCAGCUGUGCCCGCUCGUGUUGCUCGCGAACGCGUCACCCAUAACGUUAACGUUGCGGGCGCAUGACGCUGCGCCGCUGUGUAAACUUGAACCCGGCGUUGCAGUAUCGCUACCAAGUUCUGUGUUGCAGAAACCAUACUUCAUGUCAGUAGAGGUGGGUCGCGAGACGUUCGUGAGUGGGCAGCUACAGAUGUAUCAAGAGGAUCCGGGGCGAUACGGCGCCCCGCCUCCCGGACAUGUUGCGCUAGAUCGCCCUGCCCACUUUGCCGUGCAUUGCGGACAGAAGGUGGCGCUACUAACGAUGUAUUACGAGAUAAAGGAAGAAAUAAACGUGCUCGGUAUUACAUCCUCAUACGUGCUGAUCAAUAGACUCGACACUGAGAUAUUGAUUGCAGCAAUAGCAGUGCCAGAAGAAAUCGAAGGAAGCUCGUUAUUGCGACCAAAGCGGUAUAAGGUCAUUGAACCUUCGAUGCCAGAUAGCGUACACGGUACACCUUUAGGUCGGUUUUGGGUGCACGGUCGCUGGCGAGGGGGCCACGCGCAUGAAUUGCGUCCGUACCUGUGUGUGGGCCUCUGCGAGAGUGAACCCGCCCCUGUCAGGCUAGGCCUGCCGCCGUUCCGAAGGGCGCUGGCUGUAAUUGAUGGUGAUAGGAAAUCGAUACCGCUGACAAUAACUCAGGUGUAUCACGAGGGACGUUGGAUCAUCACAAUAGCUAAAGAUGACUCCCCCCAAUACUUCAUACACAACUUUACCAAAUACUCUGUACACGUGGCGCAACCGUUAGAUACAGAUGAACCGGGCCAAGUCAAGGCAGCAGAAGACUGCGCAGGCGCACGUUGGUGGUGUACGCUCGAUGCGUGCUCGUACGCGUACUACACGACGCCAUCUUGGAACGCCCGGUACCCGCCCACUCCGAACGUGCCGAUACCGAGUAUACCGUUCCUAACUGUCGCAAGAGCUAUGGGAGAUUCAGAUCCAGUAUGGUGUCAACCGGUCGCGAUGGCAGAUGGCGAACAACUGCUGCAGUUGCCCAACGCAACUACUAUCAAAGUGUGUGUGCGGACUAAUCCGCAUUCAACGGCGUUUGAACUGCAAGAUGUCGAUACGUAUGAUAUAUCGGCAAGUGAUAUAAGACGUCGGCUUACGGGACCUUUUGCAACGAUUCAUGAUAAGGGACCUUAUUUCUCUAACAACAAACGCACAGAUAAUUCCACUAAAUUACGGCAACUAACAGAAACAAGUUAUGAAAACACAGUAGAAAUAGAUUCACAAGCGACACAAACACAGAGAAAUGAGUACAACGAAGCGCUUGCUAUAAAUGAUAUGGAUGAUUCCUCUCUGAUGAAGCUUUCGGGUAUGGUUCGGGAGGAUAUUAAAGACAUAUCAAACAUAAGUCAGAUAUGGCCUGAGAGCGAGCGCGCGCGGUGCGUUUUCGGUAGUAUUGUGUUGCUUGUCGCCGCUGCUCAAGACUCACCGCCUUUAUUGGCGUUACAUCUGCAGAGAGCAGCCGUGGUUGUGAAGUGUGAUGGACGGAAAAUCCGAACCACCCUCUCGAUAUGUGAAGUUCAGAUGGACAACGCUCAAUACGAGACAGAGCAGUAUGACUUCGCAGUGGUUGCUCACACUCGCUCGUCGCAGUACGUCGAUAGUUGGCCAGCGUACUGGGGCAUGUUUCACGAGUUGUCCUCACAUCAUGAAGAUGCACGGUUCCUGGUUAAUAUUUGUCACGAUAGAUGGCGUGUCUGUGAUGAGUUUUAUACAGAACUAACCGAAGUUGACCUCCGAGUUGGUCCACUAGCUCUCUACAUAGAGGAUUCAUACGUGAGUGCUGCAGUCGACCUGUUCCGACUCGCCGUGCCCGUGACGUCACUAAACGCCGAACAGGCGAUAUUAGCGGAGACAAGAUCGCUACAAUAUCCACUAAGGUUGAGGAAACUACACAUACAUCCGUUGGAUCUGACGCUUACGCUGCAUACUGCGGUACGCAUGUAUAUAGCUCUCGACCAGAGCCCGCUGCGUCUCAGCGCGUUCACGUUGACGGACAUGAUGACGUCACCAGAGCGUCUUACGCACGCGCUCACCGUACACUACUUGUCGGCCGCUAUCUUAGGAGCGGGUUGGGUGGUGGGUGGUCUCGAGUUACUGGGCGCACCGGGUGCUCUAGCGGCGCGAGUGGGCGGGGCUAGCGGUGGCGUACGGGGCGUGGCGUCAGCGGCCGCGGCGGCGCUGCUCAAGUCGCUCAGUGCGUGCGCGGGCUCGCUCGCACGCAAUCUCGACUUGUUGGCUGGUGAUGAGGAGCAUGCGAGGCGUGCUGCUGCUGCUAGGAGACGACCACCGCCAAGCCUUAUGGCUGGACUUGUGACGGGAGUAACAAACUUCGCUAUCAACAUUCUUGGUGCGGUGGGCGGUCUCGCACACCACCCACUAGUGGGCGUGGCGGUGGGUGAGUCGGCAGGCGCGGCGGGACUGCGGCGCGGUUUACUCGGCGCGCUCGCUAAACCGCUAAGCGCCACGGCUGAUCUUGUGGCGUACGCUGGCCAGGGACUAUUGGCGCAGACCGGCUGGGACCCUGUGCCGCAGCCGCGCUUCGCACGCAUCACAGCGUGCGUGGACGACAGGUGGCGUCGCGACUGCGUGCGUUGGUCGUUCCGUUUGGCGGAGCUGGCCGUCAUUGCCGGCUUCGAAGCGCAGCUCAACGAUACGCUGUUGCAGCUGUUGGUCACGCAUAAGUUCUUGGUAAUAGUCGAACCUGAGACUGAGCGUGUGGUUGAAAUGUUGGAUAUGAGGUCAUGCAGCUUAGGACCGUACGAUGGCAACGUUAUACAGCUAAACGUCACACGACGCCGUCGCUCCAAGGUAUCCGAGUCACAAAACGAUUUGGACGAAGAAAAUGAUUAUGAGGUAAACGCAGCGGCGAUGGCUCGCGUCGCCCGCUACACUGGCGCCGAAGGUUCCAAUGUCACCGAAGCGAGGGUACUACCAUUGGUACCAGGUACAGGACAAUCCCACGCCCUACACGCGGUACUAUCGGCUGCGAUACACAGCAACAGCGCGUCACACUUCUCGCUCAUAUAAGUCAGUAGCAAUUGUUAAAGUUUGUUCACACUUUUCGCUCAUGUCGCCCAGGGCAAGUCCGGAUAAUUCAAAUUAACGCUAAAUUAAACUACAUUUACGGUACGGUACAGUUUGCGGUUGCAGUGCAGUAUAUGGUAUAUGCCCGUAGCGCCAGGCAAAAAAAAACACUGACUAAUUUAAUGAUAAGUUAAAUUAUCCGGACUUACCCUGUGUCCGAACUUACCCUGAUUAACUAUAAGUGUUAAAGUUACAAUUCUUAGUUCUUGCACAUAUAAUUCAGUGGCGUGGUUAGCGAUGGAGUCCCUUAUAUCAAACACUGGAAUCAAAAUAGGUCACUGAAACGAAAGUACUAACGCUGAUAACGGCUAAUGGCGCGUCACAAGUCACAACUCACAAUUAUUGCUACUAUAAGAGUCAAUCCACAACUCUGCGUCGCAUGACGCAUCGUAUAUUUCCGCGAUUAUGGCGUAUUCGUUAGAGUAUGUUUUGGCCAAAGUGUUCACGAAAAGUGGACAGUAAAACCAUGUUCAUGAUUUUCUGCAACUAUUAUUUUUCCUGCUGAAAAUAGAAAUUAGAUUAAAUUGUGGUCAUAUGUAUGUUUCAGUAAAUUAUGUUGAGCGAACGGGAAUUCGUUCUGUCUUUGUCAAAUAGCUGCAUCAUAUUUGUGAGGACAGAAAGAGUCAAGAAGAAAAUAUCUUUUAAGAUUGUUUUAAGUGAUUACAAUAAUAAUUCUUGCAUUCCUUUAUGAUAUUUUCCUGGUUAGUUUCUAUGACUGUAGAUUUUUUUUCAAUAAAAAUAUUAUCAUUGGCACUUAAAGAUGGCUGUGCGAUCCUCGCUUCACGCGACUGUAACCGACAACAAUUCUAACAAAAUGCCACUUUAUGACAUGGCCUAUAAAUAAUACUAUUUUGAUUUAUUUAUGUCAGUAAUAUUAAACAAUGCUUGACCUAUUGGUAGACAAUAAGCCAUGGUCUUAGAGGUAUUAAUUUUAAUUUCUGUCAGUGGCGGUCGCGUUUCGCGAGGAUCGGAAAGCCACCUUUAGCGCCCGCUCUCAUUUAGUACGCUAGGUUACCACAAAAUUACAUUAUGCAUAUCGAAAUUUUAAUACUGUAUUUGGUCACUCAAGACUUAUUAUUACUGUAAAAAUUAAUAAUUAGUUAUUUUCACUUGGAUAAGUAAAAUACCUUUGGUUAUUUAAAAGACAAUAAAUAGCUUGUUUUAAAUAUAUUUGGCUUCAAAAUUAAGUCAUCCAAGAGAAUUGAGUAUUUUCAAUGUGAAGUUAGCUACUUGACGUACUAACUUCACACCUGUGUUCAAAAUAUUUGUAUAUCUCUGAUGUAAGUAGGUAUGUGUAAUAAGUUUUUUGAUAUUGCUCUUAACUUGUGUACGAGGUAAACA